UUCUCGGCUCAUCAAACACAGCCUUCCAUUCCUCUUUCCACCACAAAGUUCACACUUUUACCUAUUUCCAUCUUCCUUUUUCCCUCUGCAACCCUAGAGCACAAAUCGAAGAAGGAAAGGAGAAGGAGCAAAGGCGAGCGAUUCGACACAAAUCAGUCGAUGUUGGUCGAAAAAGAAGAUCUUGGGCUCACUCUGAGUCUGAGCUCUUCAGAUGCCAUUGGCCCUCUUCAAUCAAACCUAAUGCCUCCCGCUACAUUGCCGCAGGAGCAGGGGCUAAUUUUAAUGGGUGGAAUCGAUGUUAAUCGUGCUCCAAUGGAGGAGUGGGAGUUUGAGGAUGAUGCCGGUGGUUCUUCUCCUAAUAGCUCUGUAUCGAACACGAGCACCGGCGGGAAACGCGGUUAUGGGGUCGCCGGACCUUUCGUUGUGUGCGGCGAGGUUAUUGAAGGGGAGCAGGAGUGUUCCCGUGGUGGGAGUGAUGAGGAAGAUGGCGAAGGGGCGAGGAAGAAACUGCGGUUAUCGAAGGAGCAGUCGGCUGUUUUGGAGGAGAGCUUCAAGGAGCAUAACACACUUAACCCUAAGCAGAAGUUGGCGUUGGCUAAGCAGCUGAAUCUCCGGCCCCGGCAAGUAGAAGUCUGGUUUCAAAAUCGAAGAGCGAGAACGAAGCUGAAGCAGACAGAAGUGGACUGCGAGUUCUUGAAGCGAUGCUGCGAGAAUCUAACGGAGGAGAAUCGCAGGCUUCAGAAGGAAGUUCAGGAGCUUCGAGCCCUGAAGCUUUCCCCGCAUUUUUAUAUGCAUAUGACUCCUCCCACCACCCUCACCAUGUGCCCCUCAUGUGAGCGUGUUACUCCGCCGCCGCCAGUGGCGGCGGGAGAAAAACGCUUCAUUGCUCGACCGAUCAACACCAUCGCCGGCGUAUCGCCUCCCUGGGCUUCUAUGCCGCUGCGCCCAAACUUCCUUGAUGCGCCGCCGCAGCGCCACUGAGCCCGCUCGGCAAAAUUGCGAAUUAGCUGGCCGGUUUAUGUGGUUGGACCGGAGUUUUUUAUUUUUAUUUUUUGUUUUUCGCAGUCUAAUUACUGGUUGUAGCUUUUUUCUUUUUAUUCUUU